AUGGCCUAUUCCAUUUUGUCUCUCUUCCUCUCUUCCCUUUUCGCUCUCAGCUAUGCUCAACUCAAAAUAACAAAUCCUCAAAAAUUUCCCAGCCCUAUAUUCAACCUUAACUCAACUCUGCAAUCCAUAACAUGGCUUAAUGAAUACCUUAAUGUGAUAUAUCAAGGCAGUGAUGGAUCAAAAACAAGAAUAGUACUCCUAAGACAAAUGAGUGAAAAAAGUCCGGCAGUUAUGUGCGGAUUCUACUGCAUUGAUACUUGUACCUAUUACUUGUUCUCAGUCGUUGUUGCUGGUGGAAAUGAUCUGAGUGUAGUUUGGUCGGCAAAUAGAGGCCAUCCAGUGCCGCAGAACACGAUACUGCAGCUUACAAGAGAAGAAGGUUUGGUUCUGCUAAAUUCUGAUGGCCUCAAAAUAUGGUCUACUGACACUUCAUCUGUGGCUGGUAUUAAUAUUUCAAGUUCAGGAAAUUUAAUUAUCUUCAACGAUGAAGGACUCCCCGUUUGGCAAUCUUUUGAUCAUCCAACUGAUACACUUCUUGUUGGUCAGAAACUGAAAGAGGGUCAAAGAUUAACUGUAAGUUCUUCUCAAUCCAACUGGUCUCAGGGUCAAUAUUAUGCUACUAUAACAUUGGCAUUAGGUUUUGCUGCAUAUACUGAAGUGGAUCAAGGACCUCCACUGAUGUAUUACCAGUUAUUGCCAACUCAAAACAUGGGAAGUGCCGAUGAAUUGGUUUUUGCAGAGUUCAGCCAAGUAGGACUCCUUGUGAAAUUGGGAACAAGAGCUCAAUGGAAUUAUGGUGAAUAUAAUGUCAUCCCUUCAUCUGACGGAGUAAUUGUGUUUCUAAAACUCGAGAGCAAAGGGGGUUUAAAGAUAUACCAACAUGAUAUCGAUAGGGGAUUAGUUGAGCUUCUUGACAUGGUUGGAGAAGAUCUGGGAGAAUGUCAAUAUCCUCGAAGUUGUGGAGAAUAUGGCGUAUGCCAAGAAGGUCAAUGUAGUUGUCCUAUUAGCCUUGACAAAAUUCAGUAUUUCAGAUCAGUUCAAUCUCAGUUACCAAGUCUAGGUUGUUCGAGAAUAACUCCAUUAUCCUGUCAACAAUCCUUGGAUCAGCAUCAACUAGUUGAAAUCGAAAAUGUUACUUUCUUCACUGUGAUUGAUUUGGGAGCUGCAUUUGCAAAUAUCAAGGAUAUAGACCAAUGCAAACAGGCCUGUCUGCAGAAUUGCUCAUGUGGUGCUGCCUUUUUCAGUUAUCAAAACAUUACGGAUGAUGGUUAUUGUUUUUUGCCAGUCAAGAUGCUAUCUAUCAGAGAAUCGACAUUUCCUCGUACUGAUUUCUCAUACCGAACAUAUAUUAAGGUACAGAUUCCUCAUGACAAACCAGAAGUAGCACCACAGUCUCCACCAUCUGUAAAAAAAUCAAACUUCACAGCAAUAAUAGCUGGUUCAAGUGCUGGUGCAUUUGUCAUUUUAUGCAUUAUGAUUCUCAUCUUGUCAAUGAUUCGAAGAAUAAAUAAUAUUGAUCACGAUGAGGAAUGCAUAGGACAAAUUCCAGGGUUGCCAAUGAGGUUCUCGUAUGAAGAACUAAGAUUUGCAACAGAGGACUUCAAGGAGAAGAUCGGAGGCGGGGGGGUCUGGAACUGUGUUCAAGGGAAGGCUAGGAGAUGGUACUGA